UUUUAAAUUAAAAACUGAACAAUGCUACGACGCUUUGUGCAGGUUGGGGCCAGGCAAGCGACUCGCGCCCAGUCCACAGCAGCCGCCCAGGAGAAAUGGGAUCUUUACGCCGGCGUUCUCGUGGAACGACUGCCCGUGGUCUCCAAGUCACUAAGCCCUGUGGAGCAGCAGUUCCAAGACUUGCUGUGGCGUGUCGAGUACGAGAACAGCCUGAAGUCCGACCAUGAGCUCAAGAACGAACGGGAAUUGGCCCAGGCCAAGCUCAUCAAGCAGGGAAAAGUGCAGGUGGAUCUGGACGACAGCAUGACCAAGCAGACCGCCCAAGACCUGAAAGAUGCAUACGUCGAGGAGCUGAAGAAAUUCCAAUUGGGCUCCCGCACGACUCCCGAUGAUGCGGCUAAAAAGACCAGCUCAACGGACCGGUGUCUGGAGGACACGCUCUAUUUGCUGGUGCAACAAAAGCUCGGCCAGCAGCAGCACAUGAUCCUGCCGCAGGGAAAGCGCCAAGACGGUGAGUCCAUGCGCCAGACGGCGGAGCGUGUGCUACGCGAACAGUGCGGAGACGAUCUGCAGGUGCUCUUCUACGGAAACGCACCCGUGGGCUUCCACAAGUAUAAGUACCCCAGCAAUCAGCGGGCCGAGAGCGUCGGGGCCAAGGUGUUCUUCUAUCGCGCCUCCCUCCGCACUGGCAAUGUGGGUGACAAGAAGACGCCGGGUCCCAAGUACGAGUGGCUGCCCAAGGAUGCCCUCGACGGGAAGCUAACGAAUGUCGCAUACGCGGAUAGCAUAAAAAAGUUUUUGUUAUAAUUGUAAAUAUUAAUGUUUUCUAAAGAAUAAAUCGAAAAUAAAUAAAGAGAUGAGA